CUUAAAAGACCGAGACGAGAGACCGUCAGAACACAUUGCCAUUCCGUCCUCUUGCAUGGUAGUGUCCGAAGUGUUGUCACUAAAGAUUGACAAAGAAUAAGUCAUCAUGGCAGCAUACACCAGAGCCCUUGCAAUACUCUUGGCCCUGCACUUGUGCACUGCAGAGGAGGCUCCAUUCAGCGUGUCAAUCGGACCUUGCCCUGGCGUUCCUGAAGUGGAUUUGACGGAGCGCAUAAACACCUAUCUGAGGCGAAUUCCCCGCAACAUAACUCUCCCACCAUUUUUCGCAAACAGCGUAGAAGCGGGAAUGGAGCUUGGCGCCACUACCCUUACGGGCUUUGCAGACCUCUGGGCUUACAAGCCUUACAGCAGCGCCUGCUUUGGCAAGGCCACCACGUACGUCGAGGUUAUCGCUUUUGCUCGCGUGCCACUUGUUGCUACCAUGGAUUGGAAGGUCUGCAACGGAGGAUCAGGGCAUAUAGGCAUAAAAGUGUCCAGCAGCCAGCUGCGGCUCGUCUUCAAAGUAGCUCCUACGAGUGAUGACCCAGCUAACCUGGAGCUAUCAAGGAUCUACCCUGUGAGCCUCGAAGACCCCAGUAUGUUUAUUUCAGGUGCCCCGAAGACAUUCAGUAGAAUCGUGAACUACACCAGCUUUAUUAUGAAGCAUCACAUCGAGCAGUUGUGGAGCUACCUUCUUCGCAUGGAUGCACAGUUGCUGAUCUGGGGUCAGCCUCCCCGAGAGUAAGAAGGAUCGUAAUCCUCUUGCCAUGUAUCAAUAAACUGAUGUAAACCGCU